AUGUUAAAUCGUCAGACAGCUAUUCUCAUGCCGAUAGUCCGCUACCAUCGCGCCGCAAGUCCACCUAUUUCAGACCGCUAUGCCGCCAGGCUGCUACAUCUACAAGAAGGUCAGGAACAAAAAUGUUGCCGUAUAUUAGUGUUCAAGUGGCGCGAAAGGUUCAGGGAUGGACGCGAAACAUUAGAGGACGAUGAACGAACGGGACGACCACACAUUGUCCACGAUGGCGCUAAGGAGAGAAUCGUUAAAAUGCUGGAUUGUGAUCGUCGUGUUACCGAACGAGAAAUUUCAAAUGAGGUCGACGCAUCAUUAAAAACUGUAUCCAGAAUAAUACGGGAAGUGCAUGCGCUACGCAAGAAGCGGCCAGGGUUGGACCUAUCACGCGUCAUCCUACACCAGGACAACGCCCCGGCCCACAAGGCUAACUCAACCCUGCUGGAAAUCAGUCUCCUGGCGUUUGAGACCUUGGUGCAUCCCCCUUACAGUCCUGACCUUGCACCGAUGGAUUUCCGGGUAUUCCCAGAAGUUAAACGGCAACUGAGGGGACACCGCUAUGACGAUGUCAACGAACUUAAAAUUGGAGCGCAGAGAAUUGUUGGGUCAUUUCCAGAAGACUGGUACAUGGAAACAUAUGACAAAUGGAUCUCACGCCACAGAAAAUCCGUGCAACUAAAUGGUGACUAUGUAGAAAAAUAA